AUGGCGUCGAGUGUAGGAGUAGUGGAAUUGGGUCAGCUGCCAGAGCUGCUGCAGCCGCGGCAGCGCCGGUCGGUCGAUCGCCGCGGUCGUCGCUCCGGCCUCUCGGUUUCUUCCAGGUCGCGCGGCGGGGGUGGAGGUUUCCUGGCGUCCAUCUUCUCCAGGGGGAGGACGGCCGGUCCCUCCUCCGUCGCUUCACCGCUUAUCCCUUGGUCUGGAGACGCAUCCCGGCGGAAGGUGCGAGGCCCGCGUCGCCUGUUUGAUUCCCUCCGGCUGCAUUUUCGAAGAUCAUCUUCUUUUUUCGUAUUUUGAUGUCUCGUUUUAAUUUAUCUAGGUUCGCACUCAGGCCGCCAGUUUUGAUUUCCUCCGGCCGCAUUUUCGGAGUUCAUCUUCUUUUUCAUAGCUUGAUGUCUCAUUUUCAUUUACCUAGGUUCGCACUCAGGCCGCCGGUUUAAUUACAUCCGGCCGCAUUUUCGGAGUUCCAUCUUCUUUUUCGUAUUUUGAUGUCUCGUUUUCAUUUAUCUAGGUUCGCACUCAGGCCCAAGCUGGUGCAGAGGAGCCUUCGGCGGUUAAGUCAACCGGAGAGAGCUUCUCUUGGUCUUCCGUGAUCCUUCCGUGAGUCACGAAAUCUUAGUAUCAUGUUUCAUGCACAAACGGCACCCGUUACGCAUCUGCGCUGAUUUUUGGUGUAACAUGAUCUCGUCUGGUGACAAUUUUGACAAGUGGUUUUUGGAAGUGCACGUUAGCUGGUCAGAAGCGGUUUUCUUAAUUUUUUUUGUUUUAUGUAGUUUUCUGUUCCCUGCGUUGGGAGGUUUACUGUUCGGAUAUGAUAUUGGCGCCACCUCCGGAGCUACCAUCUCUAUUCAGGUACUGGAGUGGAUCUUUUCUACCGCACAUGGAUGGGCCUCUGUCUCAGAUCUUGGCCCCCUUACUGCCCGAUACGAAGAUGUGUAAAAUCUUUAGUUAUGAACUAGUUAGGGCUCGUUUUUGCUGUGAAUUCCUCUUAUUCUACUCAGGCCGGGUUGAUGAUCUAAGUUUUCCCUCCAGUCAGCACAACUCAGUGGAACCACAUGGUUUGACCUUUCUGCGGUUCAACUUGGGCUGGUGGUAAUUUUCUCUCCUCCAAGUAACAUGCAGAUGAUAGGAUAAGUUAUUGGCAGAGUUUCCUGUCUUAAUUUAUUAUUAUCUCACCUGGUCGUUGGCUUAUUGUGUUUUGACCAUAGGUCAGCGGUUCCCUUUAUGGAGCUCUCGCUGGGUCUCUUAUUGUUUACCCUAUUGCUGAUUUUCUUGGUAUACCAUUGUACUCUCAGUUGAGAAUGUCGUUUCAUAGCUACGCAACUCCCAAUUUCCAUGUUAUGAUUUUGAGUUGCCUUUAUUCUUUAGUUGAGUUAUUCAAUUUCCUGGUGUAGGAAGGAGAAGGGAAUUAAUUGGUGCAUCUGUCUUGUACAUUCUUGGUGGGCUUGUCACCGGAUUUGCUCCCAAUCUCAGCGUUCUCAUAAUAGGGCGACUGCUUUAUGGGAUCGGUAUAGGUCUGGUGAGUGUCUUAGUUCCUUUCUUGAGGUUUUCGUUUUAUGAUCAACCGGACAUAAUUCUGCAUAAAAUGCUGUCUCAUGAUAGCAUGCAAGUGUUUCAGUUUCAGAGGUCAAGUAAAUACCAUUACAUUAAAAGUCGUUCAAGUCAUUCAUAUUCAUGCAAUUUUUUUGUCAUCAACUUCUCUGAAGGUGCUUGGACGCCUAUGCUGGAAUUUUCUUCUAACCAAUCUAUUUUCCUUUAUUUUUAGAGAAUUUAUCCUAAUUUUACAAUGCUUCUCUCCCUGUUUAUAAAAUUGGACAAAUGAAUCCUCAUGGGCUCUUAAUUAAAUAUUUUUUUUGAAAUGAUCUGUUGCACAUUUUUCGCAUUGCCAUGGAAGCCCCCUGGAUAGAUUUCAUUUUUCAAAUUAAACAGUCCCCAGUUUCUUGAAGUAGAAAGAUAGCAACGAUUGGUCUUCUAACAUGAAAAGUGAAUUAUUUGAUAAGAUGACGUUGACUUCUGUAGGCAAUGCAUGGAGCUCCUUUGUAUAUUGCAGAGACCUCACCAUCCCGAAUACGUGGAACAUUAAUAUCGCUGAAGGAACUCUUCAUAGUUCUUGGAAUAUUGGUAUGCUUCUACAUUAGGAUCACUGUAUAUUAAAUGCUUUUAUUACCUCCGUAUAUACUGAUAUAUGCUCUGGCAGCUAGGUUACCUCGUGGGAAGUGUCCAGAUUGACGCUGUUGGAGGAUGGCGCUACAUGUAUGGCUUGAGUGCUCCAGUUGCAGCAUUGAUGGGCAUAGGAAUGUGGAGUUUGCCACCUUCUCCACGCUGGUUACUUCUCAGGGGAGUUCAAGGUAUAGGUUCAAUGGAGGAAUACAAGGAAAAAGCAUUAAAUGCUCUAGCAAGAUUGACAGGCCGUUCUGCCAGUGAUAAAUUAUCUGAGAUACAAAUAGAAGAUACCCUGGUAUCUUUAAAGUCUGCCUAUUCAGAACAAGAACAAGAGGGUAGUUUUUUGGAAGUUUUUGAAGGAGCAAGCUUGAAGGCCUUCAUUAUCGGUGGAGGUUUAGUCCUUUUCCAGCAGGUGCAAGCUUGUGUCAUGGAUGCAUAUUCUCCCAUUUAAUUUUUAAAUUAUGCUUCUUUUUACUGACCAGACUCUAAGGUUGUUAUUUAAUUUCGUGUUCACUGAUUUAGUUUUAAAUAAAUGACAGAUAACUGGGCAACCCAGUGUUCUGUACUAUGCAGCUUCUAUUCUUCAGGUAUGUAUUCAAAGAGAAAGUUUCUGGUUUUGCAAUUCAAAAUGCUUUUGCAUUUUUUAUUUACUCAUUGAUACAUCAUUCCUUUUCUGAAAUGCUGUCUCAGAGUGCCGGAUUCUCUGCUGCAGCUGAUGCCACUCGUGUUUCAGUCAUAAUCGGAGUAUUCAAGGUAAUAUUUUAGGGUUUUGCCAGUUUUUAUCAUUUAACAACAAUUAUUAUGCUGAUUGACUAAAUUGAUCAAAUACACCGAUAUUGAUAUUAUAUAUAUAUAUAUAUCGCUAUCGAAGGAAGAGAGCUAUAAACCUUCAAAAAUUAACUUCGUUUAUAUUGUAAUUAAACGUUUAAUCUAAAUAUUGAUUAGAUUAAUAAAACUAAAUGAAGAAUGUAUUCGUCUAGAACGCUGCACCUUCUUCAUCUAUGCCAUUUUGCUCUAAUUUUUUUGGCUCGGUUAUUAGCUUAAAAGAAAUUGCAUUUCACGGUGUGUAGUCUUUCAUUUCACCUGGAAGCAGACUUCGUUCAUGUGUGGCUUAAACUUUUGGGUUAUGAACCUUGCUUAAACCCUAUGCUUAAGAACAUGAUAAAUAAGCCUCUCUGAUUUUUUUCUGUAUUCUUAAGUUUCUCGUUUGUGAUUCUGAAAAAAGUUGGUCUUCAUCGUGCAGCUCUUGAUGACUGGGGUGGCCGUCCUGAAGGUUGAUGAUCUUGGGAGGAGGCCCUUGCUGAUAGGAGGAGUCAGUGGAAUAGUACGUCAUCUGCUUGUUGUAUUUCCGCCGUUGUGACCGUCGCCACUGCAGUUUCUGGGAUAUGAAUCUUGUUUUUUGAUCCACAUGAUGCGAUUAUACUAAUUCUGGUUGGAUUCUUCACGUCUUGGUGCCCCAAAUCUGAUAAUACUCCAUCCCCUUUGUUUCCUUUGCGCAGGUGGUUUCCCUGUUCCUGCUCGCAGCCUACUAUAAAUUUCUUGGGGGCGCCUCUCUCGUUGCAGUCGGUGCUCUACUUCUUUAUGUUGGUUCAUACCAGGUGAAUAUCUUGGGUCUCAUGGCGCAUCCCCCCUCCCCCCUCUUUAAGAUCAUAAUGUUCUGUUGAUUCUUAUCUAUGUAUAUUGAUUAUUUCCUCUGGUUCAGGUCUCUUUUGGUCCCAUAAGUUGGCUGAUGGUCUCAGAGAUCUUUCCGAUUCGCACGAGGGGACGCGGAAUAAGCCUUGCUGUUCUCACCAACUUCGGCUCGAAUGCCUUAGUGACGUUUGCUUUCUCCCCUCUCAAGGUACAGCCCUAAAAAACAAUAAAUAAAAUAAAAUAAAAUAAUAAUAAUAAUAAUGAUAAUUAAAGCUUCUGUUUCUAGUGAGAUGAGAAUUUUCACUAUCCUGAUGAUUCACUGAUUUGAUGCCUCAUCUAAAAAACUUGGGUUUCUGAAGGACCGUCUCAUCUUUCAGAGAAACUAUUAUAUUUCUAUUCUUAUCAUUGGGCGAUUUAAUUCUCAUGUAUGUUUCUGCAUUUAAAAAACUCGGGUUUCUGGGGGAUCCUUCAUUUUUUCUAUUAUAGGAAAAUUAAAACUAUUAUCCUGAUCAUUCGCUGACUGAAAAAACUCAUCAAAAUCAAGGAUGAUUUGUGUUCAUGCUUCUUUUUUUAUAUAUAUUUUAAAUAAAGCUCCGGUUUCUGGAAGGUCGCCUCAUUUUCUUAAAGAAAAUUAAGACUUCAUCUGAGAUAAGGACGAUGCAUUGUGCUGAUCUGGUUAAAGAAAGUCAGAUUUCUGAAGAACAAUCUCCUUCUUGUCAAGAAAAUUGGAUUGAGAGUCAUGAUGGCCGUUCACUGAGUUAAAAAUAAGAAUCAUGUGUAUCGAUUGAUGUAUGCAAGAAACCUGCCUGCGUUAUUAUCUCCUAUUCUUUUAUGAAAAAAUGGAAUUUAUUAUCGUGGUAACCCCCACACUUAUUUAAUGCAAAGUAGAUGAGGUGGAUGAUGCAGUUUAUUUCUUUUUUAGAAAAAAUGGUAAAAAUUACUGGAUGAUCGUCCUUUGUUUAAAUGAAAAUGAAUUAUUAAUACACAUAUUCUUUAAAGAUCAAGUUUCUGCAGGAUUAUCCCACUUCCUCGGAUAAGAUCUCCAUUAUUUAUACAUACUUUAAUGAAUCGAAGGAAAGCUUGAAUCAUCAAAGAUGACAUAUAUAUAUAUAUAAUAUAAUUCAUCGAUUUAAUACCUCAUUUAUCUGUGCGGUUUUCCGAUGCCCGGCGCUUCAUUCGGAGCACGUCUGUCCGUGGAUUUGCUGCAGCUGAGAUGCUCGUCUUUGGAUGAUUUUCAGGAGAUCCUGGGCCCCGACAAUCUCUUCGUCCUCUUCGGCUCCAUCGCACUGCUGUCGCUCCUGUUCGUGAUCUUCUACGUCCCCGAGACGAAGGGCCUGACCUUGGAGCAGAUCGAGUCGGACAUCUUGCAAUGA